CCCUUGAAAUCCAAAGGGACAGCGCGAAGAGCACAACGAUGCUGCGAGCCAUGGCUUCUCUCCCUCAUCUCCUCUUCCCCUUCCCCAACCCACGCCUCAGCACUCGAUUUCUCCCUCUCUUCUCCUUCUCGUCCCCAAAGCCUAUCCCCAGGAUUUCCUUUAGCGCCGGCGAGGCAUCUCGCAAGUUCGGCUUCUACCUCUCCGUCCCCUUCUCUCGAGCUCACUCCUUCACUGAAUGAUUGCUUCUCUUUGAAGAGAACUUCUAUUGGUUUUUAUUUGGAGCCCUACCUCGGAUGCUCCAUGCCUGGAAAACGCCUCAAGGUGGCCGUUCUUCUCAGUGGCGGCGUUGACAGUAGUGUCGCCCUCCGUCUCCUCCAUGCCGCUGGUCACUCCUGCACUGCUUUUUAUCUCAAGAUAUGGUUUCAGGAAGACUUUGAGAAUUUCUGGUCUGAAUGCCCUUGGGAUGAAGAUUUGAAGUAUGCAAGAGCUGUUUGUGAUCAGGUCAGUGUUCCCCUGGAAGUUGUUCAUUUGUCAGAUGAAUAUUGGAACAAUGUGGUAUCUCACAUUAUUAGUGAGUAUCGUUCUGGUCGCACUCCUAAUCCUGAUGUUCUUUGCAAUACAAGAAUUAAGUUUGGUGCUUUUUUGGAAGCAAUCAAGAACAUGGACUUUGAUUAUAUUGCUUCUGGACAUUAUGCAUGUGUUCUUCACUCACCAUAUGACAAAAGGGAUGAAUCAUCUAUUCUAGCAUUGUCCAAAGAAAUGGUCAAGGAUCAAACAUAUUUCCUGUCACAUCUAUCACAGGUUCAACUUAGAAGACUGUUAUUUCCUCUUGGUUGUAUUCCAAAAGAUGAAGUGCGGAAGCUUGCUGCUUUGAUGGAUCUUCCAAACAAAGAUAGGAAGGACUCUCAAGGAAUUUGUUUCCUUGGAAAGGUAAAGUUCAGUGAGUUUGUUGCUAGACACAUCGGUGAAAUGGAGGGUAUCUUGCUAGAAGCUGAAUCAGGAGACUACCUUGGCAAACACCGAGGAUUUUGGUUCUACACUAUCGGCCAACGUCAAGGUUUACGUCUUCCCGGAGGACCCUGGUAUGUUGUCGAGAAGGAUACACAAAAUAAUGUAGUUUUUGUAUCUCGGAACUACUUUUCGUUAGAAAAAAGAAGACGGUCAUUUAGAGUUGGUUCAUUGAAAUGGAUCAGUGCUUCACCACCUGAGAAAUACGAUAAACUCCGUUGCAAGGUUCGACACGGCCCAGGUUUUUACGACUGCAGCAUUACAUUACAACCAAGUGAUCUUAUUAAAGAUGAUGUCGCCAUUGUACAUUUAUCUGCUGAUGAUCAAGGAUUAGCUUCUGGUCAGUUUGCAGCAUUUUACCGAGACGAAAUUUGUGUAGGCUCAGGUGUGAUUCUUGAUUCUGCUGUUGACAAAAAUUUUCCAGUAUGUGCCAAAGCUCUUGAAAUUGCAAGAAUGGAUGAUAAAUCAAAGCUCGGAAAACCAGUUAAGAUAAUAAAUCAGGACAUUAGCAUUAAAGAAGUCGAAAAUUCUUCGGUUAAAUGUUACUUAAGUAGUGAGGACAGUAAGCUCCAACAAAAUUAGUAAGUUACCAACCAACCUCAAUUGAAAUCUUUUUGUUUUUAUUUCUACUGUUUGUUUUGUAUGUAACAAAGGCACUGUCUAAGCUCAUAAUUGUAGUGAAUUUUUUGGUUUCUUGGUAUAUAAAUUUCAUUAAUUAUUAGCAAUUUGAUUA